CGGUGAGUGCGGGAGCGCGCAAAGGGGGACGCGCAGCUGAAGCUGGUAGGAAGGAGGGAGCGCGCACGGGAGAGAGAGAAAGAAAGCGGGUAACGGGACCGGAGUCAGAGAGGAGAAUGAUUGAAGAGAGUGGCAAAAGGAGGAGGACGAUGGCGGAGAAGCGGCAGCUCUUCAUGGAAAUGAGGGCGCAGAACUUCGACGUCAUUAGACUUUCGACGUAUCGGACGGCCUGCAAACUCCGAUUUGUGCAGAAACGGUGUAACCUUCACCUGGUUGACAUUUGGAAUAUGAUAGAAGCUUUCCGGGACAACGGCCUUAACACACUGGAUCACAACACAGAGAUAAACGUGUCCCGGCUAGAGACCAUCAUAUCGUCCAUAUACUACCAGCUCAAUAAGCGCCUCCCUUCCACCCAUCAGAUCGGCGUCGACCAGUCCAUCAGCCUUCUGCUCAACUUCAUGAUCGCUGCUUAUGACAGUGAAGGCCACGGGAAGCUCACUGUGUUUUCAGUAAAGGCGAUCUUAGCAACCAUGUGCGGCGGGAAGAUCCUCGAUAAGCUCAGAUAUAUUUUCUCCCAGGUGUCGGACUCCACGGGGCUCAUGGUUUAUACAAAGUUCGACCAGUUCCUCCGAGAGGUGCUCAAGCUUCCCACCACUGUGUUUGAGGGGCCCUCCUUUGGCUACACCGAGCACUCCGCCCGCACCUGUUUCCCCCCACAGAAAAAGAUUGCGCUGAACAUGUUUUUAGACACAAUAAUGGCGGAUCCUCCUCCCCAGUGCCUUGUAUGGUUACCUCUCAUGCACAGACUCGCCCACGUAGAAAAUGUCUUCCAUCCGGUAGAAUGCUCUUUUUGCCGCUCUGAGAGUAUGAUGGGCUUUCGCUAUCGAUGCCAGCAGUGCCACAACUACCAGCUUUGCCAGAAUUGCUUUUGGCGGGGUCACGCCAACGGUCCCCAUAGCAACCAGCAUCAAAUGAAGGAGCAUUCCUCGUGGAAAUCCCCGGCAAAAAAGUUGAGUCACGCAAUCAGCAAAUCCCUCGGCUGCGUCCCGAGCAGGGAGCUGCCCCACCCCGUGUUCCCCGAGCACCCGGAGAAACCGCUCGACCUGGCACAUAUUGUCCCCGCGCGGCCCUUAACCAACAUGAAUGAUGCCCUGGUAACUCACAUAUCAUCCGGUGCUCCCACACCCACAAAAAGGUUGCACAACAGUGCAGACACGGCCAGUCGGGUACCAGACGAGCACGCGCUGAUAGCAGAGUAUGUGGCACGACUCCGCUUCGGCACACGUGUGUUGGACAGUCCCAGCCGACUGGAUGAAGAACAUCGGUUGAUUGCCAGAUACGCCGCCCGGUUAGCAGCAGAAGCUGGGAAUUCACCGCGUCCUCCAACCGAGCUCAGCUUUAACUUUGAUGCAAAUAAGCAACAGCGACAACUCAUCGCCGAGCUGGAGAACAAGAACAGGGAAAUACUGCAAGAGAUCCAGCGCCUGAGGUUAGAGCAUGAGCAGGCCUCGCAGCCAACACCAGAGAAGGCCCAACAGAACCCAACCCUUCUGGCAGAGUUACGGCUUCUGCGGCAACGGAAGGAUGAGCUGGAGCAGAGGAUGUCAGCGCUGCAGGAGAGCCGGCGAGAACUUAUGGUCCAGCUGGAAGGACUCAUGAAGCUGCUGAAGGAGGAGGAACACAAACAGGCAGCACAGGCCACGGGAUCCCCUCACUGUUCCCCAAGUCACGGUUCCAAUCGGCCAAUGCCCAUGCCCGUCAGAUCCACCUCGGCCGGCUCCACCCCCACCCAUGUACCUCAGGAUUCCUUCGCUGGUUUGGGAGAAGUACAAGAUGCCUUUGCACAAGGUACAAGAAGAAACCUCCGCAACGACUUAUUAGUAGCAGCCGAUUCCAUCACCAACACAAUGUCCUCGCUGGUCAAGGAACUGCACUCAGCUGAGGAAGGCGCCGAUGAUGAGGAAGAAAAGAUACAGAAUGGGAAAGAUCGCGGCACAGUGACUUCUAAAAUCCCCAUGUACUUCUGAGAAACCAUUCCAACCGCCGCCAUCCGGCGGCGACGGAGCCGGUGAGGUAGACGGGCUCGGGCAGAAGGGCACAGACAUUGUACCUUUGUUAGUGCAUGCUGGGAUCUCGGUGUGACAUCCUGCCGUCGUGAUCCUGCCACGCCCAUGAAGAAGCUUGAGAGAGAAGGCGUGUGUCAAACAUGCACCAGACUGAGUGUGAGUGUGCGCUUGUGAACCACAGAGAGUGAGUGUGAGUGUGCGGCUGAUGAGGCUUUUGUAAUGUUGAACAAAUCUGCUGCUUUAUUUAAUUUAUUCAUCCCGUCCAUGAACGAGAGGCCCGGGACACUGUGAGGCCCAUUCCGGGUCGGGCCCGGUGGCACUGGAGAGAAUAUUAAUCGGCCGAUCCAUUUGUGCUUGAACCCCGGGUUCCCCACCGACGGCUCAUUGUCCAUGUGAUGUUCAGGUUCCCAUGUAGGCUGAGCACUUACAGAUUAGACCUAGAUUGGCCGACGCCCUCAAAUAAAAUUAUCCAAUAAAUGUAUGAGACCGUUCCA